AUGGCGGCAGUCCAGCAGCUUGAGCCGUCGCCGACACCAACGAGGCCCAGAAGUAUAAUGGGACCUAACGCUGACGUUGAGAUGGACUUGGGUGGCGGCGGCCGGUCACUAAGUGCUCGGUCGCUGCCCACCAUGACAACAACCUCUUUCGGCAGCGGACCACAGCGAGGAGACACCAGGAUCGUCGUCAUUGUCUACGGACCCGGACAGGACAGAAUCGUGUCCGUCUUCGCCGAGGUUCUCGGUAAAUCACACAGGAUGAUCGAUGCGUUUAGAGACAUCAACGAGGUGGACAGGGACCUCGUCGUGGGGGUCCAGGCGGACAAAGCCAAGGUCGACGUGGCAGAGAGGGGCCGGGAGCUUGUCGUGGCCAUCAACGCGCACUGUGUCAACCUGGGGAUGCCACCAGACGUCGACCUGUCGGCGCAGUGCGACUACGAGUUCCUGUACACCGAGACGCCUUUCUUCCGGCGCGACCUGUGCCGGUUCAUCUCCUUCACGCUGGGCCAGCUGAACCACCACGAGACGCUCAUGGCGAAGCCCAGGACGUACUUCAUCUCCACCACCUUCCCCGAUGUGCGCGCAGCUCUCCCCAACAUAGACAUCCUCACAGUCGGCGCGGAUGCCGUGGAGAUCCGUGUCGACCUCCUGAAGGAGCCUCUGGGCGACGGAACCUUCUCGGCCGUGCCGAGCCUCAGCUACGUCGGCGAGCAGGUCAUGCUCCUGCGCCAGAGGACCGAGCUGCCCAUCAUCUUCACGACGAGGUGUACGAGAGAGAACGGCCGCUUUCCCAUGGACAACCCAGACCUGUACCUGGCGUACCUCUACCGGGCGAUCCAGUGGGGUGUCGAGUACAUCGACGUCGAGCUGUGGCUGCCAGAAGCCAUCAGGAAGUCGCUCUGGGAGCGCAAGGGCAGCAGCCACAUCAUGUCUGCCUUUCACGACUUCUCAGGCACGUUCAAGUGGCCGUCGCGACACGCCGAGGAGGUCUUUGUGGAGUCGCAGCGAUACGCAGACAUCAUCAAGAUGAUCGCCAUCAUCAACGACCCGAACGAGAACUUUGAGCUGGAAUACUUCCGCUCCAAGAUGAGGGCCGACUAUCCCGACUCGCCUCCCUUUUCGGCCGUCAACAUGGGCGAGACGGGCCAGUUUUCGAGGACUCUGAACAAGGUCUUUACGCCCAUCACACACCCCCUGCUGCCCAUCAUCGCCGCCCCGGGCCAGAUGAGCGCGUCGGAGAUCAACCAGGCGCUGGCGCUGCUGGGCCAGCUACCGAGGAAGAGCUUCUACGGCAUCAGCAGCCCGGCCAGCCGCAACACGACGCCCCAGGCGCCCUUUUACGAGAAGUGCUUUAACGAGCUCGGCCUGCCGCACCACUUCGCCGUGGUCCAGAGGCUUCCCAAGGGCAACGGCUGCUUCGAGGCCUGGUGCAACCAGAAGAACUUUGGCGGCGCCUACCUCAACCCGCCCGUGUCGUUCCAGAGCCUGAUCGGCAACAGUCCAUUCUUCGCCUCCGUCAACGGCGGUGCUGGGCCCAUUCUCAGCGAGGCUGCAAGGGUGAUUGGCGUGAUCGACACCAUUGUGGUUCGGCCGGGUGCCUCGUCUCCCUCGUCGGCGCCCGCCUCGAUCCCCUCCAGCCCGCGCAACGGCCACGCGCGCAUCGAUUCAUUUGGUCACGUCGCCAGUGGAGGAGGCGGCGGCGGCGGUGGCGGCGACGCAGGUCUCCCGCCCAACACGACCCUCAUCCUCGACAAUGCCACGUGGCGCGGCAUCCUCAGCGCUCUGACGCGCGACCUCGCACCGUCCGCCUACUUUGGCCGCGCGGCCGUCGUUCUCGCUUCCUCCUCGGACGAUGCGGCCAGCGUCAUCUUCGCUCUCAAGGCUCUUCGCGUCGGCAAGAUCUACACCGUCGGCUUCAAGACCCCGCCCGCCCUCGCCCACGGCCUCAAGAUCGAACCCUUCAACUCGCUCGAGUCUCUGCAGCGGGCCCGUAUGGUGGGCGCCACCGACGACGCCGCGAGCCCCUUCGUCGUAGUGAGCGCUCUCGGCCCGGACAAGAACAAGAUCGUGGCCUGGGUGGUACGGGCCUUUGGCGGCUCCUCUUCUGCCAGGAACGGAAGCCCUGGCGCCUUCUCCGGCAGCAGCAGCAGCGGCGGCGGCGGCGGCGGCGGCGGCGGCGCCAGCAGCAGCACAAAGAAGGUCUUCCUUGAUCUUGCCGAUGAGGGCGCCGGCGUCGGCCGCAAGGGAGACCCGAGCACCGUGGCCGAGCAGAGCGGGUUUGCCGCCUACGGAAGCGCAGAUACUGCUGCGUUUGCGACAGUCGAGACACUACGGUUACUGGUGGGCCAGAACGUCCCUUAUAGUUUUGUCAGAUUGGCAAGUGGGAGAGGCAUAUAUUGA